UCUCCCCCACCCUAGGGCGUGUCACUUCCUCCUCUGCAGCCUCCCAGAUCAGCACACAAAGGCUGCAACUGCCUCCAGAGGAAGGGCCUCUCUGCACGCACCUAUGUGGAAACGAAGGCCCAGAGAGAAAGUCUGACUUGCCACACAGCCAGUGAGUGACUGCGGCAGGACCAGAAUCCAGUCAGUUUCCUGUUUGGUUCUCCCACCACUACAGCUUGGAAACUCGGCCAUGGUGGCUUUGUCAAUGGUCCUGGUUUUCCUGCUGGCCGUGAGCAGAGGUGAGCGUGAGUUGGAUGCCAAGAUCCCAUCUCCAGAGGAGGCUACGGAAUGGGGGGAUCCUGAACUGUCCCUUCUGGGGUCUUGCCAGCCAGCCCCUUCCUGCCAGAAGUGCAUCCUCUCACACCCCAGCUGUGCAUGGUGCAAGCAACUGAACUUCACGGCGUCGGGGGAGGCGGAGGCGCGGCGCUGCGCCCGGCGAGACGAGCUGCUGGCUCGCGGCUGCCCGCGGGAGGAGCUGGAGGAGCCCCGCAGCCGGCAGGAGGUGCUGCAGGACGAGCCGCUCCGCCAGGGCGCCCGCGGCGAGGGGGCCACCCAGCUGGCGCCGCAGAGGGUCCGGGUCACGCUGCGGCCCGGGGAGCCCCAGCAGCUCCGGGUCCGCUUCCUCCGUGCCGCGGGGUACCCGGUGGACCUGUACUACCUUAUGGACCUGAGCUACUCCAUGAAGGAUGACCUGGAACGCGUGCGCCAGCUCGGGCACGCCCUGCUGGUCCGGCUGCAGGAGGUCACCCAUUCCGUGCGCAUUGGUUUUGGUUCUUUCGUCGAUAAAACGGUGCUGCCCUUUGUGAGCACGGUGCCCUCCAAGCUGCGCCACCCCUGCCCCAGCCGGGUGGAGCGCUGCCAGUCACCCUUCAGCUUUCACCACGUGCUGUCCCUGACGGGGGACGCCCAGGCCUUUGAGCGGGAGGUGGGGCGCCAGAGUGUGUCCGGCAACCUGGACUCACCUGAAGGUGGCUUCGAUGCCAUUCUGCAGGCUGCACUCUGCCAGGAGCAGAUUGGCUGGAGAAAUGUGUCCCGGCUGCUGGUGUUCACUUCAGAUGACACAUUCCACACAGCUGGGGAUGGGAAGUUGGGUGGCAUUUUCAUGCCCAGUGAUGGACACUGCCACUUGGACAGCAAUGGCCUCUACAGUCGCAGCCCAGAGUUUGACUACCCAUCUGUGGGUCAGGUAGCCCAGGCCCUCUCUGCAGCAAACAUCCAACCCAUCUUUGCUGUCACCAGUGCCACACUGCCCGUCUAUCAGGAGCUGAGUAAGCUGAUUCCUAAGUCUGCAGUGGGGGAGCUGAGCGAGGACUCCAGCAAUGUGGUACAGCUCAUCAUGGAUGCUUACAAUAGCCUGUCAUCCACUGUGACCCUCGAACACUCUUCACUCCCUCCUGGGGUCCACAUCUCUUACAGGUCCCAGUGUGGGGGUCCUGAGAAGAGGGCGGGUGAGGCUGCGGAUCGGGGACAGUGCAGCCAUGUCCAGGUCAACCAGACGGUGAAUUUCUGGGUUACUCUCCAAGCUACCCACUGCCUCCCAGAGCCCCAUCUCCUGAAGCUCCGGGCCCUUGGCUUCUCUGAGGAGCUGACUGUGGAGUUGCAUAUGCUGUGUGGUUGUAACUGCAGUGACACCCAGCCCCAGGCUCCCCACUGCAGUGACCAGGGACGCCUACAGUGUGGAGUGUGCAGCUGUGAUGCCGGCCGCCUGGGUCGGCUCUGUGAGUGCUCAGAGGCGGAGCUGUCCUCCCCGGAUCUGGAAUCUGGGUGCCGGGCCCCCAAUGGAACAGGGCCCCUGUGCAGUGGAAAGGGACGGUGCCAGUGCGGACGCUGCAGCUGCAGCGGACAGAGCUCCGGGCGUCUGUGCGAGUGUGAUGAUGCCAGCUGUGAGCGACACGAGGGCAUCCUCUGUGGAGGCUUUGGCCGCUGCCAAUGUGGAGUAUGUUACUGUCACGCCAACCGCACGGGCAGAGCAUGCGAGUGCAGCGGGGACACAGACAGCUGUGUCAGUCCCGAGGGAGGGCUCUGCAGUGGGCACGGACAAUGCAAAUGCAACCGCUGCCAGUGCUUCGAUGGCUACUACGGUGCUCUGUGUGACCAGUGCCCAGGCUGCAAGACACCAUGCGAGAGACACAGGGACUGUGCAGAGUGUGGGGCCUUUGGGACUGGACUCCUGGCCCCCAACUGCAGCACAGCUUGUGCCCAUGCCAACGUGACCCUGGCUUUGGCCCCUAUCUUGGAUGAUGGCUGGUGCAAAGACAGGACCCUGGACAAUCAGCUGUUCUUCUUCUUGGUGGAGGAGGAGGCUGGAGGCAGGGUCACACUGAGAGUGAGACCCCAAGACAAGGGAGCAGACCACACCCAAACCAUUGUGCUGGGCUGCAUAGGGGGCAUCGUGGCAGUGGGACUGGGGCUGGUCCUGGCUUACCGGCUCUCAGUGGAAAUCUAUGACCGUCGGGAAUACCGUCGCUUCGAGAAGGAGCAGCAGCAACUCAACUGGAAGCAGGACAGCAAUCCUCUCUACAAAAGUGCCAUCACGACCACCAUCAAUCCCUGCUUUCAAGAGGCAGACCGUCCUGCUCUCUGAAUGAGGGACUCUCACCCCAGACUCUUUGGGACCAGCACUGUCCGGGGAGGACAGUGAGAACUGGGGGCGGCUCUGUCAGGCAGGAGCCUGGAAAGGCACUAAACCACUGCAGAGGAGGGGUCACCAGACUGCUUCAUUUUCAGAGUGACACCCAAGAGGGCUGCUUCCUGCUGCUGCGACCUUGCCUCCCUACCUCACAAGGAGCGAGGGUUACCCCACCCAAGCACACAAUAAAGUCUUACCUGAGACCACA